CUGGACAAAAAAAUCAUACAACAACCCAUCCUAGAACUCAGUCAUUCUUUUCUUUUGUUUAAUGCAAGCUUUAUCUAGGAGUUCUAAUGAAAUACGGUGCUUAUAACUUGUUUCAUAGCGCCUGUAAAGUCUUUUAAGCUUAAUUAUCCUCCUCCAACCUUCGACUUUCCAAAGUCCAAAUUUUGAAUCAGAAAACUAAACACACACAUUACUGUUAUGCUCAUGAUUCUAUGAGCAGAGUAACUUCCCCUGUUUCCAACUUCAUCCUUACCCUCUCGAUCAUCUCUCUCCCUACGAUGAAACCAAUCAUCACUCGUCUCUACCUCUACUUGUUCCUCCACAUCCUCACUCUCUUCGUCACCGGUCAGUCGCCACCAUACAUUCCGGUCGACAAUAUCACCCUCGCCUGCGGCAGUUCCGGCCAAUCGAGCUCCAAUGGCCUCAGAAAGUGGAGUGGAGAUAUCGACUCAGAAUUCACCCCAAUAGGUAACGCAUCCCAAUCCAUCGAUGCACCGCGAUCGUCCACCCCUAGCCAAGUCCCUUACACCAAAGCUCGGCUCUCUCGCUCCCGAUUCACUUACAGAAUUCCCCUCUCUCCCGGCCAAAAAUUCAUCCGCUUGCAUUUCAAUCCAGAUACAUACAACCCGAACUUCCGACGCUCCAAUUCCCUCUUCUCCGUCACCGCCGCCGGCUUCACUCUCCUCAAAGACUUCAACGCCUCCGUCACCGCCGACGCUUCCCGCAGGUCCCCGCUGGUCAGAGAAUUCUGUGUAAACAUCAAGACAGGACAGAGACUCGAGAUCACCUUCAUACCAAGCAAAGAUGCGUACGCUUUCAUCAACGGAAUCGAAAUCGUGUCCAUGCCCACCGGUUUUUACUAUACAAAUUCAGCCCAUUUCGUCGACACCAGCGCAAGCACAUAUCCGAUCGGAAACAACACAGCUCUGGAGAUGGUGUACCGAAUCAACGUCGGCGGAGGCCCCAUCUCGCCGGAAGAAGACACCGGAAUGUACCGGAAUUGGGACACCGCCGACGAAAUUUAUUUGGAUAAUUUAAGUAAAAAAUUGAGCGAGCUACCACAGAACGAUACAAUCGAGCUCAACUUUGUCAAAGUUCCAAAAUACUCUGCCCCGAAACCAGUUUACAUAACAGGUCGGUCAAUGGGGAUGUACAAAAAUAUCAACAAGCGCUAUAACCUCACAUGGGUAUUUCCCUUGGAUCCCCAGUUUUAUUACCUGGUGAGACUCCAUUUCUGUGAGUUUGAAUCUGAUAUUACCGAGUCCAGAGAUCGAGCGUUUCAAAUCUUCAUGGCCAAUCAAAUCGCAGAAAAUAUUUUUGAUGUUGUCGCGGAGAGCGGAGCAAAUGGGAAUCCAGUUUACAGAGACUACGUUGUGAGCAUGUUCACGUCUCCGGUUGGAAGCGAGAAGAAAGUUAACCUCUCUCUAGUACUCUCAGCGCUCAAGAGAGAUUCGCAUACUACUUACAACGAUGCCAUCUUGAACGGGCUAGAAAUCUUCAAGCUCAACGACUCGAGUGGGAAUCUUGCCGGACCCAACCCCGACCCGCUCCCGGUGGACGCAGCAAAGGUACAACCGAAGAAGAAGUCUACCCCUAUGGCAGCUAUUAUUGCAGGUGUAGUUUCGGGGUUACUUAUGCUCUCUCUUCUCGGAUUUUUUGUUUUCCGGCGAGGGAGAAAGGCCAAGGACUAUAGCUCAGGUCAAGUAAAGUGGGGUCUGCUUUCUUUUCCAACGACUACUAAGUCCACCACGUCUUACGGUUCAUCUCUGCCGUCCGAGCUGUGUCAUCGCUUUUCAUUCCCGGAGAUCAGAGCCGCCACGCAAAACUUUGAUGAUUCGAACGUUAUUGGGGUUGGCGGGUUUGGUAACGUGUACAAAGGUACCAUCAACGGUGCGUCCAGCCCCUUUGCGAUCAAACGGCUGAAAGCGGAGUCGUCACAGGGUGCCCUUGAGUUCAAGACGGAGAUCGAAUUGCUCUCCCAACUCCGUCACGUCCAUCUCGUGUCUCUGGUCGGGUACUGUGACGACAACGGUGAGAUGAUUUUGGUGUAUGACUAUAUGGAAAAUGGGACCCUACGCGAUCAUUUGUACGACUCCGAAAAUCCACCUCUUCCUUGGGAACAAAGGCUUCAAGUUUGUAUUGGCGCGGCGCGUGGGUUGCACUACCUUCACACUGGUGUCAAGUGUAUGAUCAUCCACCGAGACGUGAAGAGCACGAACAUCUUGCUGGACGAUAAAUGGGUGGCCAAGGUCGCCGAUUUCGGGUUGUCGAAAAUGGGCACGACCACCAUGUCCAAGACCCACAUUAGCACCAUGGUCAAAGGCAGUUUCGGCUAUCUCGACCCGGAGUACUACCGUCGUCAACAGUUGACUGAGAAGUCUGAUGUGUACUCGUUCGGCGUAGUAUUGUGUGAGGUGUUGUGUGCUAGACCGGCUUUGAUCCGUACAGCGGACAAGAAGCAAAUGAACCUAGCUGCAUGGUUUAAGACCUGUCAUGGAAACGGAGCGCUUGACCAAAUCAUUGACCCGAAUUUGAGGGGUGAGAUUGUAAAUGAGUGCUUGAACAAGUUUGUUGAAAUUGCAAUUAGUUGCAUGCAUGAUAAUAGGAGUGAACGACCGUCCAUGAAGGAUGUUAUAUGGGCGCUUGAGUGUGCAUUAAAACUUCAACAGACCGCAGAGGGUUCGGAUUUGGAUUUCAAUGCUGGAAAAAAGCGUGAAGAUGAGGCUUCACUGGUGAAUGAUAGUGAUGCAGGGUUUAGUGGCACAUGGGAAGACUCGUCAAGUUCGAAGAAUAGCAAGGUGAGCAAAACUAGUAGUAGUUACCAAAAUUCCAGUGCUAGUGAUUCCAUUAAAGGGUUGUCAGGUACAGUCUUCUCUGAGAUCGAUUCCAAUGGAAGAUGAUUCAAUCAUAUAUAAUCGUUCAGUGAAAUUGUAAAUGUUGUGCAUUUGUGUUUAAUGAUCUCACCUCAGUUUGUAACUAUAUAUGUUGUGUGCUUCAAUCCAAGUGAGUAGUGUGAUGAUGUAAUUUUGAACAAGGAUAUAUCAUUUGCUCCUACUUUUUGUGCACCUA